AUGAUGACCCAUCUAGCCCUCGAGGCGUACCAGAUCGGCUGGAUAUGCGCCUUGCCGAUUGAAGUCGCUGCAGCCAAACAGAUGCUGGAUGAGAAUUUCGGAAUUUUGGAUGAGCAAGACAGCAGAGAUACGAAUUCAUACACCUUGGGUCGGGUUGGCAGACAUUAUGUCGUGAUUGCUGGCCUUCCCGGAGGACAGUAUGGUACCACCUCAGCCACGACAGUGGCGAUUAACAUGAUGCGAACAUUUUCCCGAUCGAUGCGAAUCGGUUUGAUGGUCGGUAUCGGCGGAGGGAUUCCAUCUGACAAGCAUGAUGUUCGGCUAGGAGAUGUCGUAGUUAGCUACCCGGAAGGCAUUUGCGGGGGAGUGCUUCAAUAUGAUUUGGGGAAAGCCGUGGAAGAGGGCAGACUCCAACGGACUGGUUCUUUAAAUAACCCGCCUCGAUCACUAUUAACCGCAGUUGCGAAUAUGAGAGCAUCUGCACUAACUGAUGACCCAAGCUAUCCAGAAUACAUUGAAAAAGCGAUCGGAAGAAAUGACCGGACAAGGGAAAGUUUUGGUCGCCCUGAUCCGUCCACCGAUCGACUAUUCCAGAUUAAGCACGAGCAUCCUACGACUGCUGCAACGUGUGAGGACUGCCCGUCUGAAUGGGAAGAAUUUCGAAAGGAACGGAAAAGAGCCGACCCUCAGGCAUACUACGGGAUUAUCGCGUCCGGAAAUGCGAUUGUGAAGCACGGAGCGACAAGAGAACGCCUUCGCCAGGAGACAGGAGCGUUGUGUCUUGAAAUGGAGGCGGCUGGUCUGAUGAUGGACUUUCCUUGUAUAGUCGUCCGUGGGAUUUGUGAUUAUGCCGAUUCGCAUAAGAACAAGCAAUGGCAAGGAUAUGCGGCAUUGGCGGCGGCAUCAUAUGCCAAAGAAUUGCUUAGCUAUGUGCCUGUUGGCCAAGUAUCGGAAGAGAAUUUGGUCACAGAGAUAUGCGAAAUCGUCAACAAAGUCGAGGAACUCACCAAGGGCAUGGAAAGAGCAUUUCACCAACAAGAAGAUUAUCACCGUGAGAAUAUGCUAAGAUCUUUGACUAAAGAGCAACAAAAAUGCCACCAGGCGUUUAAAACCUCCACUUAUGAACAAUAUAAAAAUAUUAAUCCAGACCGCGCAGAAGGGACGUGUCGAUGGAUUCUUGAGAACCCCUAA